GUCGUUUCUGUUCCGGUGAGUCUUGAGCGCAUCGCGUCCCGUUGUCACAGCUCUCUCAUGGACAAAAUGGAUGAAGAGCCUUGUGUUUAUUUUGAAUGCAGAAGAUAUUAUUUAUCUGAGUACUAAGCUGAAAAUCGAAGACUUAAACAUCUUGAAGUAGUGCUGUUAAAAACAGAGGUAAGAUGGAUGAGGAAAGUUCCCUCAGUAAGGAGAAGACCUGGGGCUUCAGACGAAGCACCAUCGCCAGAAGGGAGUUUUUGGAAGCCGUUGGCACUGUGAUCAGCGUCCCUCCUGCAACACGUGGUGGCGGCCGCCAGUCCAGGGGUCGAGGCAGGGCUCGUGGUCGUGGUAGGACGAAACAAGACAUCGGGGCUGGUGUGGUUUCUGCUUCCCACAAGCGAUCUAACAGGGGCCGAAAAAGUGCGUUGUCCGUGCUGGUGCAUUCCGAUGAAAAGUCUGAUAAAGAUGAAGAGCAAUGCAGGACAGAUGGACAGCUGUGUGUUGCAACCGAGCUGAUAUCCAUCAGUGAGGGAAGAGUAUCGGAUCGAGCAGAAGACAGCGACGAUCUCACUCUCACAGAAAUUCGGAAACGAGCUAUGUCUCGACAGCUUGAGCAACUUAAAUGUGAAGAUAAUGAUGUUGUAAAAGACAUUGAAGAAUAUAAUGCUGAAGUAACACAACUACAGGUGGAAUGUAACGAAGUUAACAUGUUAGAUGUCACAACAGAUCUAGGGACUAUAUUUUCUUCCCCAGCCAGAGGAGAUACUGAGAGUUUUGUUACCAUCUUCGCUGAAACAGCAAAGAAAGAGUCUGCUGAGGAAGCGAGCGCUGAUAACUGUGAGGAAGACUGUGAGAAGAUGGAUGGAAAUGUUUUGUGCUGUAUAUGUCAACAGACACACACAAACAGGUUAAUCUUCUGCUGUGAUACCUGCCGGAAGUGGUUUCACGGUGACUGUGUCGGCAUCAGCGAGUCUGAUGUUCAUCUCUUGCAGAAGAACGGAGAACUUUACAUCUGCUCCACAUGUUCAGAGGACCAGAAUGUCAUCAGGAAAAUCAAAAAUGCUAACAAAAUCAGCACAUUUUCGGCGGAGGAGGUUAUGGAGGAGCCGAGGUCUGUGGAGAAUGAGGUGAAAGAGGAGAUUAGCAUGUUGGAGGAGGUGGUGGAGGAUGCUCCUAAAUGUAUUGGUCCGGGCUGCAGUAAUAACGCUCUGCCAGAGUCUGUGUACUGUGGUCAUCAGUGUAUUGUGCAGCAUGCAGCCGCGGCCAUGAAGGGUCUCUCUGAAUCCAAAACCGAGACAAAACCUGCCGUUGCACCUACCAAACCGUUAAUUGCGAUCCCGAAACGGUCAUUUCUUGCAAAGCUUUUCAAGGUGAAGAUCAGUGAGAGUCCAACAUGUGAAGAGAACGAGAAUGCACAGAAAAUUAUGAAUGAUGAGUCUGUGUGUUGUGCUCCACUUACUGACUUCUCAAAUUCAUCUGAUGUCGAUAAUCAAUCCAACACAGCCCUCUCCCAGCCACGGACCGGGCUCUGUGCCGCCAUUAAAGACAAAGAAGAGCAGAGUACCGACACACAGAGCAAACCAUCAGAUCUGAUAUUAGUCAAUCAAUCUGCUGAAAAGAUACCUGUUGCCCCAGUGAUCAAGAAAUCCACUCCAGGAAGAGCCAGGAAAACCAUGCCAGGCUCUCCACGGCUGGAAAACCUUAGAGGAGGUCUUAGUAAAAGUAAACAAAACACAACAUUACCUACUGAAGACAACAAACCUCCAGAUGUCCUUCCCGUCCCGGAUGAACGUGCCACGGUCCCUCCCUCCAGUCCUCUCCAGAUCAGACAGAAGAUUCGCCGCUCACUGACCGAAGUUUUGCUUUAUGGGAUAAAAAACAGUGAUCAUUCGGACACUUCUGGGUGUGAAGUGGAAAAACUGUCUGUGAACAUAGAGAAAGAAGUGUUUAAUAUGUGUUACACCACAGAUGACGUAUACAAGAACAAAUGCCAACAUCUCCUGCUUAACCUGAAAGACGCCAAAAACAAGGAGCUAUGUCAUCAGCUUUUGAAAGGAGAAAUUUCUCCAAUGAAAGUCAUUCAUUUAAGUGAAAAGGACAUAAAAUCUGUUGAGGACACCGCUGGCGACUCUUUAGAGGAUCAUCAGAUGUCUGUAGAGGAGGAAUCUGACCCCGUGCAGGUGGAGGAAGCUCCUGCCGUACGGGUGGAGGAAGCUCCUGCCGUACGGGUGGAGGAAGCUCCUGCCGUACGGGUGGAGGAAGCUCCUGCCGUGCGGGUGGAGGAAGCUCCUGCCGUGCGGGUGGAGGAAGCUCCUGCCGUGCGGGUGGAGGAAGCUCCUGCCGUGCGGGUGGAGGAAGCUCCUGUCGUGCGGGUGGAGGAAGCUCCUGCCGUGCGGGUGGAGGAAGCUGCUGCCGUGCGGGUGGAGGAAGCUGCUGCCGUGCGGGUGGAGGAAGCUCCUGCCGUGCGGGUGAAGGAAGCUCCUGCCGUGCGGGUGGAGGAAGCUCCUGCCGUGCGGGUGGAGGAAGCUCCUGCCGUGCGGGUGGAGGAAGCUCCUGCCGUGCGGGUGGAGGAAGCUCCUGCCGUGCGGGUGGAGGAAGCUCCUGCCGUGCGGGUGGGGGAAGCUCCUGCCGUGCGGGUGGGGGAAGCUCCUGCCGUCCAUGUGAAGAGCGGCAUCACUAACUCAGAUGAGAAAUCAUGUCCAUCCCGGCGAAAGCAGACACAAGCGAAGAAAUUAAACUCAGGUGCCCCAGACAUGAUUUGCGGGAUGCUGAAGGACACAACAUCAGAACAUAAAUGCCAUCUGUUUGACCUCAAUUGCAGGAUAUGUACAGGGCAAGUAUUCACAGAUGGGGAACCUGAAACCAAGAAUCCAAACACUGAGAUGACAAAGGAUAAGACGGAAGAGAAAUCAUUGUUGGUUGUUCAUAUGAAAGAUGAAGUGUCUCCACCUGCUGCAGAAGUUUCCAGUAUAUCAGAGUCCCCAGCAUCUCCUAGUGCAGACGACCCUGAAACACACACUCCGUCAGUAGAUUGCACUCCUGUUUUGAUCCCUUCAACUCCAGUCGUGUCCAUCUCAAGAAGAGAUCCUCGAACAGCACAAUUCAGACAUCUUCUGCCAUCGUAUCCUGACCCAAAGUUUGUCUCACCGCAAUCACAACUUUCAACCCCAGGGCAGCACUUAAAAGAACCGCUUAAAGAGGCGAGGGUGGUCCCGCCCCUUGUGCCAAAAUCCAUUCUUAUGAAACCUUCAUCAACGUCGGGGCUGUCUGCUUCAUAUGGCUCAAGCACAAGGCUGAUGGAGUCUCAUACACCAUCCGACAAAGGGACAAAGCAGUUUUUAUCUAAGCAGGAGCCUUUAUGGAAGGGUUUUCUCAACAUGCCAACCGUGGCCAAAUUUGUCACCAAAGGAUAUUUAAUCUCAGGAUCCCCUGACUUUCUGAAAGAGGACCUACCAGAUACUAUCCUAAUUGGUGGCAGGAUAUUGCCACAAACAGUGUGGGAAUAUGUUGAGCUGAUAAAGACAUCUGAGGCCAAGGAGAUGUCAUUGAUUCGUUUCCAUCCAUCAUCUGAAGAAGAAGAGGUUGCAUAUGUUUCUCUGUUCUCCUAUUUCAACAGUCGAAGGAGAUUUGGUGUCGUUUCUAACAUUUGUAAACGGAUUAAAGAUCUUUACCUCAUUCCUCUGUGUGCAAGACAGUCCAUCCCUGCUGCGUUUCUGCCUAUAGAGGGACCAGGGCUUGAACAGAAUCACCCCAAUCUUUUAAUAGGGUUGGUGGUCUGUCAGAAACCAAAGCGUCCUGAGGCAUUCCUACAGGAGGUUGGUGAGAAGAAAUCCAGCGUGUUGAUCCGUUCGGAUAGUAAGGAAGCAAAUAAUCCUACCUCGUUGAAGGCUCCAAAAGUUGACAUUGGACAACAUAACACUACGACUUGUGAUCCCGAUGCCCUUGCCAAAACCUUACCAAACCUUCGUGGACCUUCAUCUUUGUUUGUGUCACCAGGCCCAUUGUACUCCUCCAUUUCUCAGUCUGGCCCAUCUACUCACUCUAGUGCAUCUCUCCAAAAACCCAUCAGUUCUGACCCACCCAGAGACGCCACCUGUUCCACCCCACUUCAGACGAUACUGAGCACAUUAUUUGGUCAAAGAACACAAAACCCUGCUGUCAAAGAGUGUGAAAUGAGCCUCUCAACAGAUAAGGUUCAACACUUUCAACAGACGUGUAAAGAAGCAGUAAACUCAGUGGAGUUAAGUGAUGAUAGGCCUUACGAUCCUGAGGAGUAUGAUCCAGCUCUUCCAUAUGAUGUUCUGGAUUGUAACGUUCCAACUACAUUGGCUGCUGCUGAUGAUGAUGAUAGACCAUAUGACCCAGAGGAGGAGUACAAUGCAGUUGACAAAGGUGGUAGUGCCAAAAAUAAUCUACCCAAAGCAUCAGAAGCUACAAAUACACAAGACAACUUGAUAGCGAACAGCGAUGUAGCCUAUGAUCCAGAGGAUGAGACUGUGUUUGAAGAAAUGCAAAGUUACCUUACAGGUAAUGUCCUAACUCACAAUAUGUUCACCAUCUGUGAACAGGCAAGCACUUCAGAUACAAAUAUGUCUGAGCAGCAGAAAAUUCUUGAAGAGUUAAAUAGGCAAAUUGAGGAACAGAAAAGGCAGCUCGAGGAACAGACCGAGACGCUUCGUCUACAGAAAGAAGCGAUUGGUGUGUCUAUGGCCCAUUUCUCUGUUUCUCAUGCUCUAAUGUCACCACCUCCAAAAUUUGGCAGAGAUGAAGAUGGCGAAAUGGAAAACCUGCCCUAUCCUACGACAAUUAAUAGCUUCAGGGAUCCAUGGAUCUGUCAAGAAACAAGCAAAGAUGUCGAGGAUGCUUCUGAAGUCAAAAUUGCAGCACAGCCAUUAUUAAACACAGAAGAGAACCAGACUGAAGUCUUAGACACAUCUGCAACCAGCAAAAAGGAGAAUUUGGAAUAUGACAAAACAUUAGCAAAUGAAGGGUCACCAGACCGUAAAACUGAACAUUUGCAGAACACUACAGGUUCCCGCUCAGAGUAUUCUAGCAGAACAAGAGACAGAAGAUCAUCAGAGAAGAGGUCAAGUCACGAACGCAGGUCCCACCACCGCGAUAGAGCGUCCUCAAGAGCGCCACAUAAAAGUAAAGACCUAAAGGAUGAUCUAGACAAAGACCACAUGAGUAGACGCUCUUCAAAGCAUCUGUCUAGGCAAAGUCGCAGUGACAGAAAAAGGUCAACAUCAUCGAGAACAAGUCGUCAUCAUCACAGAGACUCGCCGUAUAAGAGGAGAAGUGAACAUUCCACAAGAUCACACUCAAGCCGGAGAGAGCGUACUUCUCGGGAUGACAAUGACCAGUCACAAAGAACUGACCAGCAACAACCCAGACCAUCAGUGCAUUAUUCCGGACCUUCAGAGCCUGAUUGUGUGCAGGGUCCAGGCAGCAAUGAAAUGCUUGACGAGACUGUUUGUUUUAGGAAGAAACAAGAUGUAGAAGGUCAGCAAUGUGACUUUUCAAAUCCAAAGCACCAGAAAGGAAGCAGCCAGACCCCUGCCACAUGCCAAUUACUUGGGGGCGAUUCUCAAAAUGAGAGUGCAUUUGGGAGAAAUCAGUUGUUUUCUGGUCAUUCUGAAAUGAAGAGAAAUAAUUUGCCCCUCAGCAAAAUUGACUGCUCCUCUGAACAAGGAGCAUCACUGUCAUCACCCUUUAUGCAGAAUGUAAAAACUGCCCAGCCUUUAAACAACACUGCACCACCUCAAAUACAGAUAGAUGUUCCUCACCUGGAUUCAGCGAGUCAAUGCAUUGAGAUGGAAGCACCAUCUAGCCGGCCACCUUGUAACCAAACAGCUCGUUUUUCUGAUUCAAACCAUAUGAAUCAAGAGCGAGGUCCACCAUCAAUGCAAAAGAAAAACAAUUUAUCCAGUUUAGGGGAUUGCCCACAAAGAUCUUUCCAGUCACAACAUAGAGACUUUCCACAUUCCAACAACAGCCAGUUGAAGUGCAGGAAUGAAUCUAACUCAGAUGAACUAACUCGGAAAAAAAGACGAGAGUUUUCAUUUCACGAGGUAGACCGCAACAAACAGUUAAAAUUGUCUGACAAGCAGGAAGGAUUUACUACUUGUGAGCUUGACAAGUCUGAAAAGCAAAUGUAUCCUAAUCACAUUAGAAGAAAAAUAGUAACACCGGAGAGGACAAAACUUGUACAUCAAGGGAGUAAACAAUCCAGGCCACCCCAGUCACAGGAAUGCAAUGUUCAAGAACCAGAAAUCUUUAGUUUCCAACAGAAUAAAGGUCAACCUUACAUGAAGGGACAAAGAUUUCAGGGAGAUGAGUCUUCUCAGUUUCAGCAAAGAGGGUCACUCUUAGGUCCUGGAGAUAGGGACAAUUUCAGAAUUCUUCAUCCUCAAGAGCAUUUUCAACCUCAGGCAUUAAACACUUUAUGUUUUGAUAAAAGCAAACCUUCAAGAGAGCCUCUGUCCAUGGGAAAAUUUGGUCAGCCCAAGAUCUCCAACACGAGUACUUCUGUACCCUCUCAAUCCAUUCAGUCUUCACGGUCCGGUCCAUUUCAGCAUGGCUUGGACAGUCACAGCAGUUCAGGUCAGAUAAGGCAUGGCGUCACAGGCCCCAUGACUCUCGAAGAGCCAUCUGAAGGGCAGUUUAACAACAGAGAUGCACAGCUGUCACACUGUAAUUCCCCCAAACGCUUUGCUGUGCCUAGACAGUUUAACAAUGAACCGUUUGACAACAGGGAAUCCAAUAGGCCACAUCUUAAUAAUACAAAAGGUUAUGCAACAUUUGAACAGUUUAAUGAAGGACAUCCUGAUUACAGAGGUUUUUCACAUAAGCAUCCUAAAAGGUCAAGAGGGCAUCUUCCUCAGCAUGACCAACCAUCUGGAGAGGAUGCAGAAGACUCCAGGACCCAGACAUGUUUGCCAAAACAGUCUCAGAAGCCAACUUGUGAGGAAUCACAUAGCCUGUUUGAAGGCCAUGGACAUCCAGAAAUCAGAAGUCAAUCAAGAGGACCUCACCGAUCAGGAUUAAGAGGACAAAAUAGGGGAAAUGUAGAGACACAUUUUGCAAGGGGUCAUGAUAUGAGGGCACAAAUGAGGGGACCUCGCUUUGACUUAACACAACAGUUUAUGGGACAAAAAGAACCAUCUCCUAAUUAUCGUGGUCAGAGAAGGCGUUCACCUCAAAACCGUGAUAGUUUUGAGGAACAUCAUGAAUCGCAAUCAUCUGGUUUUCCCAGCAAUUCAGUCACCACACUUAGCCAAUUUAAUAAGCCAGAACAUCAAAAUACUUGUGAGAUUCAGAAUUUGUGGCAACCUCAGCUGCACUUUGAGCGUGCUCCCGGACAGACAAAUAUUCGCCCUUUACGGCUAUCGGGUCCGUUACUCCCUACUCCGCUAGGAUGCCGAAUUAGGCCAAACACUCCCCGGCUACAGAGGCCUAACUUGCACAGUGAAUGCGACAGGUCUUCCAUGAGACAACAUCCAAUUACAAAUGACAUUGCUGGACCAUGGGUUCAUGGGGAGAGGCCAAGCAUUGGUCACAGUAUUAAACCUCAGCAAAGUGAUCACUCAGAAAGUCUCAAUGGGGAAGAACAAAGAAUGGGUUAUGAAGGUAGAAGGGGGCAACAAAGUGUCCAGCCCUGUAGUUAUAGAGGGGCAAGAGAAAGAAAUAGCAUUAGAAGAAGGGCUAGAAAAAGGCCACAUUUUGGAAAGAUUAGUCAUAACAACAGAGAGACAGAAUAUGCUUAACAAAUGACUAGAGAGACUUGUAAGUUUAGAAAUGAAUAUUGUGCACAAGUGAAAGAAUUGAUAGAACUUGUAAUCAGUCAUAAACCUUGUUUUGGAAACUGACUUUUUUUAUAUAUACAAACUUGAGUUAUAACUUUUGGCUGUUCAGAAAAUGUUUUGGAGUUUGUUGAGACUUAAUCUGAGCAGGACAUUAAAAUGGAAAGGAAGCUUAACAUUUUAGAUUUUUAUCUCCUGCAGUGCAGUUGAUUUUUGUUCUCAAAGAAUAUACGUAACUGUACAUUUGUGUUCAUAUAUUUUAGGCCAUUUCCUAAAUGUACAUUUAUAAGUCACUCGGAAUCUCAAGAUGUGUUGUGUACAUUUAAUUGAGUAAAAAAACGAACCUUAAAGCCAGUCUAUAAUUGUUUUUCUUUAAAUUUUACCUGGAUGUAAAUGUGUGUAAUAUUUGUGAUCAUAUUAAUGCAGUUCUGGAUAAACAACUCCUUGUUUUAUGAGAUUAUAACAUUGAAAGGAAACAUUGACCUCUUAGCCAGCACUGCCAUUUAGCGUACCCAAAAAGGAAAUGGCUACAGUCAUAGCGAGACCCAUUUAAUCCAUACACAAGUUAAUCUAUGCACAGGUUUUGGGAGGGACAAUUUGGCAUCUCCAUUUUGCCUAACUUGCAUGUUUUUGGCCUGUUGGAGGAAACCAGAGUAAACCCACUGUGACACAGGGACCUUCUUCCUGUGAGGCAACAGUGCUACCCACUGAGCUACUGUGCUGCCCCAAAACAUGCUAAUUAAACACACUAUUUUAUUAAAAAAAGUUAAAGGUUAAUAUAAAAUAAUAAUAAAAAAGAAUUGC